CUGGAAGUCACGGAGCGAGAGGGAGAGAGGUGGAAAAAGAGAGAUUCAGAGCCAGAGCACAACUUUUCUGAAAAAAACUAAAAGCAUGCAGAGCUCAGAAGGAGGGUCCGACACCGCGGCCAGCGUGGCGACGCUGCGGACGUCGUCAUCGGCUCAGGCCCCCGUGGUCCAGCCCGUGCCGGCCUCCCAACAGAGGGUGCUGGUUCAAGCUACAGGCUCAGCUCAGAAGGGAGGACAAGUACAGCAGCUUUCAGUACCCAGGGUGCACCAGGCCUCUCAGCAGGUGCAGCAGGUGCAGCAGGUGCAGCACGUCUACCCGUCACAGGUCCAGUACGUGGGAGAGAGCGGAGAGACGGUGUACACCAACGGGACGAUCCGGACGGCCUACUCCUACAACCCCGAGGCCCAGCUGUACGGGCAGGGCAGCGGGGGGGGCGCGUACUUCGACUCUCAGGCCGGCGGCGCCCACGUCACCACGGUGGUGUCCUCGGCCGGCGGCGGCGUGCCCCCCCACGGCAUGGUGGGCAUCACCAUGGACGUGGGCGGCAGCCACAUCAUCUCCAGCGGCAGCACCUACCUGAUCCACGGGGGCAGCAUGGAGGGGAGCCGCAACCACAUCUCGCACUCGUCGCGCUCGUCCUCGGCGAUGCUUGAAAUGGCGAUUGAAAACCUCCAAAAGUCUGAAGGAAUUGCGAGUCACAAAAGCAGCCUGCUCAACAGCCAUCUGCAGUGGCUGCUGGACAACUACGAGACGGCGGAGGGCGUGAGCCUGCCCCGCUGCUCGCUGUACAACCACUACUUGAGGCACUGCCAGGAGCAGAAGUUGGACCCGGUCAACGCCGCCUCCUUCGGCAAGCUCAUCCGCUCGGUAUUCAUGGGCCUGCGGACGCGGCGCCUCGGCACCAGAGGAAACUCUAAGUACCAUUACUACGGCAUCCGGGUGAAGCCGGACUCGCCUCUGAACCGGCUGCAGGAGGACACGCAGUACAUGGCCAUGAGGCAGCAGCCCGUGCACCAGAAGCAGAGGUUCAAGCCCCUCCAGAAGGUGGACGGGAUGUCUGACAGCCUGUGCGGCGGCUCUCAGAACUGCAGCAGCACCCCGGAGCAAUCGGUGGCGGCUCAGAGUCAACACCACCAGCAGUACAUCGAUACGUCCCACUCCUUGCCUCCCUUCCCGUCCCCUGAGUUGGGCUCUCAGCCGCUGCCCGAGCGCCUCAACGUCAACGACAUCAAGAAGCUGCAAUCCUUCUACCGAGACCACUGCGAGGCUACUCUGGACGUGGUCAUGAACCUCCAGUUCCACUACAUCGAGAAGCUCUGGCAGACCUUCUGGUAUUCAACAGCGCCCUCUAGUGACGGGAACACCACCAUGCCCAACAGUGACGAUGACCUGGAGGGAGCGAUCCCCAGAGAGAAGCUGCUGUCUCUGUGUAAAUACGAGCCGGUGCGUCUGUGGAUGAAGAGCUGCGACCACAUCCUGUACCAGGCGCUGGUGGAGAUCCUCAUCCCCGACGUGCUGCGGCCCGUUCCCAGCACGCUCACUCAGGCCAUCCGCAACUUUGCCAAGAGUCUGGAGGGCUGGCUGACCAACGCCAUGACCAGCUUCCCCCAGGAGAUCAUACGCACCAAGGUGGCGGUGGUCAGUGCGUUCGCCCAGACGCUGCGGCGCUACACCAGCCUGAACCACCUGGCCCAGGCGGCCCGCGCCGUCCUGCAGAACACGUCCCAGAUCAACCAGAUGCUGUCGGACCUCAACCGGGUCGACUUCGCCAACGUGCAGGAGCAGGCGUCGUGGGUGUGCCAGUGUGAUGAGAGCGUGGUCCAGCGCCUGGAGCAGGACUUCAAGGUGACCCUGCAGCAGCAGAGCUCUCUGGACCAAUGGGCCGGCUGGCUGGACAACGUGGUCUCCCAGGUCCUGAAGCCCCACCAGGGGAGCGCCAGCUUCCCCAAGGCCGCCCGCCAGUUCCUCCUCAAGUGGUCCUUCUACAGCUCCAUGGUGAUCAGAGACCUGACCCUGCGCAGUGCAGCCAGCUUCGGCUCCUUCCACCUGAUCCGGCUGCUGUACGAUGAGUACAUGUUCUACCUGGUGGAGCACCGCGUGGCGCGGGCCACCGGGGAGACGCCCAUCGCCGUGAUGGGGGAGUUCAGUGACCUCCCCUCCAUGAUGCCGUCACUGAUGGAGAAAGAUGCGUCCUUCUCCGAUGAGAUGAGUGACCUCGGCAGUGACGGCGACGCCUCCAGAGGUCCGACUGAGCCGGCCGUGAAGAGAGAGAGAAUCGAACUGAGCCACCCGCUGCAGGAGAUGUGAGGCUGAAGAGACGGGGACCAGCACUGGACCAUCAGAGGACCAGCACUGGACCAUCAGAGGACCAUCAGAGGACCAGCACUGGACCAUCAGAGGACCAGCACUGGACCAUCAGAGGACCAUCAGAGGACCAGCACUGGACCAUCAGAGGACCAUCAGAGGACCAGCACUGGACCAUCAGAGGACCAGCACUGGACCAUCAGAGGACCAUCAGAGGACCAGCACUGGACCAUCAGAGGACCAUCAGAGGACCAGCACUGGACCAUCAGAGGACCAUCAGAGGAGCAUCUCCUCCUCAAAGGUCACGACCUUCUCCAGUGCAAUGUACAUAAUCAAAGUAGCAUCAGCUUCCCUCACUAGCAGUGAUCCUCAACUAUUGUUAUUAUAUUAUUAUUAUUUGUACUCGCAGGGCGUAACACGGUCGAGUUUCUGUUGAACUGUGAAUGUGCAGUACCUAUUGGAUGUGUGCGUGUGUGUGGUUGUUCUUUUUUAUAAACCCUAACUAGCUGUGCCAUCGUGUCAUUUGAGUGCCUUAGAUCUCUAACCUUGAAACCACCACUAGAGUCUCUCUGCCCCUCAGCUCCGCCCCUCAUCUCCUAAGCUCCGCCCCUCAGCUGUGCCUCGACUGCAGUAAGAAUGUAACGUCUCUAAACCUCAAGACAUUCAAAGCACCUUUUCAGUUACGUGUGUAAGGUGUGUGUCCUCCUAGUUGCCUCUGUAGCACACACACACACACACACACACACACACACACACACACACACACACACACACACACACACACACACACACCCCCCCCAAAGGACCUUUAACCCCCCUCCCACCGGUUCUGUAGGAACUCACAGCCUCGCAGUGAGAUGUUGGUUUGUUUACCUCAAUAGAUAUUUAGAUAUUUACAUACCGUAUACAUAUAUAUAUUGUUAUAUAUUCAUAUAAAUGUAUAUACUUAUAUAUAUAUAUAUAUAUGUAUAUAUAUUUAUAAAUAUAUAUCUUCUGGCUCAGUUGACAUUAGGGAAGUCUUGAACAGAAGUAGCCACGUUGUGUGACUUCCUGUAAAUAGACAAAAGGAGCCCGCUGACCCCGACUUCACUCUGACCUCACGACAGAUUAAAGUCUGACGUUCUGUUUGAUAGGGAAACGACGUGUUAGUCAGAACACAUUUAACUCUGUAGACGUCGUGCCUCCCUAUCAUGUUGCUUUGAUGUGUAAUUCAUAAACCGAUGUGUGUUUAUACUUUUAGAUUUUUUCAGUUCAAUGUGUGAAAUUAAACUUAUUUCCCGUGGCGUCGCUGAGCCCCGAGAUGCGACUAAAACCUUUCAAACAAUAAUUUGUUAUUUAUCUGAAUUAUUCUCCUGUUGAUCGGUUUGUUUUGAGCUUUUUUGUCACGCUGCCUUCAAACGCUUCGAGCUAAACAAGUCAUUUCUGUUUGUACUUUGUAAUGUUUUGUACGGCUGUUUUAGGAUUUAUUUUUUAUUGAACUAGAUUCUUACAAGUAUAUAUAUUACUGAACCUUUUAUUUUUGUGCAUUUACAAACCUGUUUUGGACUCUAACAGAUAAACGACGGUAAUAAACUGCAUAGUUCAGCUGUAUUUUGUACUUUGGUCACAAUGUGUAAUAAAUUGGUGUAAACCAACACAAAAAAAA